GGGACGAUGAUGUGUGGGGGUGGCGAGCGGCAGCGAGCUCGCAGAUGAGGAGGAGGGCAGACAGUGCGAUCACGUGGUCCAUUAUGGCAGCUGCAUGUUGCGCAACCUGUUGCUCCGCCAACGGCUCCGAGCUCCCGGACACGUAGGGGUUUGACAGUACUGCUCCGUCGGUCGCCCGUGAUGUCUCGACGCCGUGGAAUUCGCUGCCUAACGGAUAACUGACUCUUUCUCACCCCGUGCUCGGACCUGUCUUUUCUGGACAUCGUAUACCGACCAACAUUUGAGGCCGCUACACCAGGAUCAGCAAAGGGUAUCCGGGCGUGCUGGUGCGCCGAGUGACCAGGUAGGGCGCCCUCCGGCAGUCCCGAUGCCAUGCCCCGGACAGCCGGCCGUGCCCAGCGACGGGGCCGCUACCUGAGCACCAUCGCCAGCACCACCCCCCGCCGGCCACCCGACCGGCACCGGGUUGCCCUGCCACCGCUGGCAUCGAGGCGGGGGCCAACCCGCCCGCGCCCUGCGCUCGGCCAGGCGGUACGGCCGGCCACCGAGACGUGCACGUCGCCCUGCCGGAAGAGCUCGCGAGACAGGAAACAACUGCACAAAGCUCUUGUGUUCCAAAGCCCUCUUCACAGGUUUCAAGGCUGCUGUACGCUGAACUUACACUCAGACAACCGGUAACAUGGACUCACGAGCUCACUAUCCAAGCGAGGCCAGCACGAAGAGGAGCCUGUGGACAUUGAGUGAAAUGGGGGACGAAGAGGAGGACGCUGGUGCUGCAAGGUCGGAAGCCGAAGAUGCCAAGAAGCAGAACCACAGCGAGAUCGAGAAGCGGCGGCGGGACAAGAUGAACAUGUACAUCAGCGAGAUGGCCUCGUUGGUGCCCAUGUGCAAGGCCAUGUCCCGGAAGCUGGACAAGUUGACCGUGCUGCGUAUGGCCGUGCAGCACAUCAAGACGAUACGCGGCUCCAUAAAUUCGUACACGGAAGGGCACUACAAGCCACCAUGGUUAUCGGACGAGGACGUCAAGAACGUUGUUUUACAGGGAACUGAUGGGUUUCUGUUCGUUGUGAGCUGUGAUCGUGGUCGCAUCCUCUUCAUGUCGGAGUCUGUGCAACAGACACUCAACUACACUCAGGGUGAUCUCCUCGGACAAAGCUGGUUUGACAUUCUUCACCCGAAGGACAUCGCCAAAGUCAAAGAGCAGCUCUCUUCGCCGGACCUCUCACCGAAGGAGAGGCUCAUCGAUGCAAAGACGAUGCUCCCGCUCAAGGGGGAAUUCCCGCAGCGGCAGAGUCGGCUGUGUCCGGGUGCGCGGCGCUCCUUCUUCUGUCGGAUGAAAUGCAAGACGCAGGCGACCGUCAAGGAGGAGGCCGACACCACAACUGGCGGCCAGCGGCGCCGAAAGUCGCACAGCUUCGACCGCCGCUACUCGGUCAUCCACUGCACCGGCUACCUCAAGUCGUGGGCGCCCGCCAAGCUCAGUUUGCCCGACGACGCCCCGGCGGACGACAGCGAAGGAUGCAACCUGAGCUGCUUGGUGGCCGUGGGCAGGGUGCACGGAGAUCUGGCCAGCAGCCCUGCCACAAGGAACGCUCUGGACGCCGAGGCGAUUCAGUUCGUCUCUAGGCAUGCGGCCGACGGAAAGUUCAUUUUCAUUGACAAGAAGGCAACUCUGAUCCUUGGUUACCUCCCGCAAGAACUGCUUGGCACAGCGUGCUACGAGUACUACUGCCAGGACGACGUCUUGCGAUUGUCCGAAUGCCACAAGAAAGUUCUGCAAACGAACGAGGCGGUGUGCACGCAACCAUACAAGUUCCGCGUCAAGGAAGGUUCUUUCGUCUGCCUCCAAACAACGUGGAAGGCCUUCAGGAACCCAUGGACCAAGGAACUCGAGUGUCUCGUUGCUAUAAAUACGCUCAUCGGGUCUCAAGAGGUGGUUAUCGUGGACAGUUCGAACGGUCAGCUGGACGAACUGCUGUGCGGAGGUUCAGCUGUCGCCAGCGGCCAGUGUGUGGACGUGGUUAUGCACAGUGCCGUGUCCUCGGACCACGCGAGAGGAGUUAUGACCCCAACCAGAGGCUCAAUGGCGGCACCUCGCUCGAACGGUUCAAGGAGCGUGGGUGGCGGCAAAGUUGGCCACCACGUCGCCAUGCACACUCUCAGCAACCAGGCCAAAUCUAAAGAAGCCUGUCAGAGUUCGAGUGCAACAGUUCUGGAUGCAAGCUGCCUUAGUGCGACCACGAACCAACCACUCACGUCAGAGAAGGCGAGGAAAGCCUUCGGCAGCCCAUCGCCCAGCACAAGCCUCGCUGGACCCGGGGACCGGAACGACGAGAUGCAGACCGACUCGCCCGAACCACCGCCUCAGGCUGGUCAGGCUGUUGCGUUCAGGUCCGCCUCGCCAGCUAGUCAGCCCACGGCGGAGUCUGAGCUGGACUUGGUGAACAGCUUCGUAAGUCGGGACAUCCUGAGCGCCGGCACUCAGGGCAACAGCGAAGGCAACGACGAGGCUGCCAUGGCUGUCAUCAUGAGCCUGCUGGAAGCGGACGCCGGACUUGGCGGACUGGUGGACUUCAGCGGCAUGCCGUGGCCCCUACCUUGAAACGCCUAUUUGCGCUCCCGUGCCCGCGGACUCUCGCGAGUUCUCACCGUAGAGCAGAGAAGAACGUACCGUCUACGGCAUGCACCAGAAGUCACUACCAGUCAGUAUUCACUCCAAAGCGCGUGCCCUCCAGCACGGAUCUCGGAACCGCGCGCCGUACAGAUUGCGUCCAGCAAGAAACUUUUCUAGGAGCUGACGUCCACUCAUCCAGUGCUGUUCGCGGUCGAACACGUGGUGUGCCGUCGUUGAGUGCUACCUUUCGUAUUGAGGCUGUCCGUGCUUAUUAACAUCAAGUUCUGCUUCUACAGCGACGCCGGUUGUGCUCCCUUAACCUCCCCCCCCCCUCCCCUGUCCACAGACUUGACGCUGGGCCACGCUGCUCGGCCGAUUUGUAAGCAACGUUACCACAUGUCGAACCACUUGCUGUACAUUCCCUGAAUACAUAAACGCACACUUUUGCAGUUACGGCACAAAGAGAAAAAUAGAUUACCAAGCAUCGUUACGAAGUUCUGCAUUGUCAGCGCACUCUUAAACAAAAUUACACCCUUUGGGUCGUAUCUUGCCACACAACAAUAAUCGUCAUAUCUCUUGUUCGCAUUUCCUUUCUUUAACGCUGCGAGUCGGCUACUUCCAAGCCACGAACAGCAUGUGCGUGAUGAGCAUGACAGAGCAUUCUCGACAGGUAAGUAGAGAGCGCAGCGUAUUCAAGAAAGGAAACGCAAGCAAGACAGAGAGAAAAAAUGAUAAAUGAAAGGUAGGGAGGUUAACCAGGACUGAGCCCGGUUGGCUACCCUACACUGGGGAAAGGGAAAGGAGGACGGAAAGAUUAAAAGAAGAGAAAGUCCACUGGAGAUAUCAGUCGGUCACUCAGUCCGGAUCACAGACGCUGACACAAUCCGGUCG